AGACUACGGAUGCUUUUAGAUCCGGUUUGCUUCUGAUUUCGGCACAAUUCAUCUGUGGGAUUCCUGUCCAUUGAAUCGAGAUGGGAAAUCUGAGGGAAGCGAUCAUAAUAAUAAUAAUGAUAAGGCGUGGUGGAGGAAGCGUGACUUUUGAGAGAUGCACUCGUUCUUAGGGAACCGAUAUGUUUAACGGAAAUCAUUCUAUCACUUCUCUCCAUUGUUCUCACUUUCCCUCUUCCAACCUUUGGCAGACAUCCAUGUUCCGCAUCUUGAAUUUUUGCUGGUCAGUGAGAUCUCCGUAUGUUGUUCGACACAAGUGCAGCUUCAUGGCGGAAGAUCGAUCUCUUGUUUCUAGCUAAGCUUUUUGUUCUCUUCCAGAAUGCGUAGCAAGAACUGGAUACCCAGAUCUACAUUCCAUCUCAGGCUAGAUUCCUUUGGCUUCUCUUACUUCAACCCCCAUCCUCCCGUUUUGGCAACGGAGUUGGUUCUUCGUUUACCUCCUCGCGAUGGCGCUCUCCGUGCUCUUCGCCCUCUUGGCCCUCCUCCUCCUCAGCCUCGUCGAGGGCUCUUGCCAUCCCGCCUCCGCCAAUGUCGUCGAGAUUACUUUAGGGUCUGUUAUCAAAUUGAUGCACGAGAGGGCGAAGUGCCGGUUGCACUCGCACGAUGUGCCAUAUGGAUCAGGGAGCGGGCAGCAGUCGGUCACUGGAUCUCCCGAUGUGGAUGAUUCCAAUAGUUGUUGGGAUUAUACUCUGCUGAACUCAAGAAUUAUGAAGUAUUCCAGUUCAUAUUGUUUUUACUAGGAAAUGAGGGAUCAAACUCAAGAAAUGGAAUGAGCAUUACUGGUAAGCUGCUUUGGCGGGGAUGACCGAUCGGAUACUGGUGAUUUUUGGCGGUGAGAGCUGCAAGCUGCUUGAAGUCGGUCAUUUUCCAUCUUAUGUUUACUAAGUUGAUUUAUACAUGGCUUUCUUGUUCAGUCUUGAGAUUGAGGGCAGUAGGAAAACAUGAAGGACUACAGAAUAAGGCUUCGACGUGUUGAUACUUGUCGAGGCCUAUUAGCUCAGCUGGUUAGAGCGUCGUGCUAAUAACGCGAAGGUCGCAGGUUCGAGACCUGCAUGGGCCAUUUAAAAUUUUUUUCUUUCUUGUCUGACUUGGGCUUUAUGGGUUGAAUUGGGUUUCAUAGGUGACGAACACUUGGUCUCAGGUUGAAUUGGGUUGAAAUGGGUUUAUGGGUCUCAGGUUAAGAUCUUAAGGCUUGACUUGAGUUUUAUGGGCUUACAAUUAGGCUUUUCUGUGUUGCUUUUAGUUUUACGAGGUUAUGAAAAGCUUAGGUCUCUAACUGCGUUUGAGAAUAUAUUUAUAUUUUUAUUA